AAGAAAGAUGAGGAGAACGAUAAGACAAUGGUUGAAGGAGUCUAGCAGAAGGGAUCGUCUGGUUAACCGGUUAGAUAAGAGCUAGUUCGAGGCUCCAGGUUUAGCUCCGAACAUAAAGAUAGCUAGAAAGAUAGAUAAGGAUGAAGAGAGGCCAAACCAUCGGGGAGUCCUCACCAGUUCAUGGAAACAAGUGUCGGAGAAACCUCACGGACGCAAGAAAACUAAGACCCGUCUUGUCUCCGGGUAGAUCACUAAACCUCGAACAGUACUCAUCGUCCAUUCCGGAGAAUAAAAAACCGUGGACCUAGUGAAAAAAUUUGUAGAUUAAAGUGAACAUUCUGCUCGAAUCUCUUCCUUCUCCUCAGACACAGGAUGGAUUAAGCAAACCUGGUUUCCUGUAAAUGUAUUUACGAGUGUCAAUCCUCCUUGUCCUUGUUCCUCUACUGGACUGUUGGGAAACAAGGAUACGACACCACAGGAACCAUGAUGAGGAGCAUCUUGAACCGGUUAGGACGGAGCUCCUGACUAGCUCCGGGACUACCAAUAGUAAGGAACUAGUGGACGAGGUUGUGGAUAAGGAUGGACCGGUUUUCAGGUCCCGAAACAACAGUGUAAUGUAUGCCCAUGCAGGGAGUACUACAAGUCUAUCCUGUCAGAUAUUUAAGGAUGUGCAGCACGGAGUGAUAACCUGGGGUUUACUGGCUCAGGAAGGACAACCCUAUACUCUUCUUACAGUUGGAGACUCCUCCUACAUUGAUAACUUAAGAUUCUCAAUUGAAAAACCUAUUCGACAUGACCAAUGGAAUCUCCUUAUUAAACCUGUGGAGAUAGAAGACAGUGGAACAUAUGAAUGUCAAGCAACCACUCAUCCACCCCAAUCCAUCAUGGUCAAGCUAAUUGUACUAGAGGCAUAUGCUGAAAUUAUUGGAACAAAAGAGAAGGUGUUUAAAAGUGAAUCAAACCUUCAGCUAGUCUGUGCUUUACAGAAAGCUACAGCUAAACCUGACUUCAUUUUCUGGUACCACAAUAAUAGAAUGAUCAACUACGAUACUGAUCGAGGGAUUUCAGUUGUAGAGGACAGCAAUGGAUCUACUCUAACUAUUAGUUCUGUAUCUGUAUCACAAUCCGGAAACUAUACUUGUAAACCAAGUAAUAUGAAACCUGACUCUGUGGUUGUAACUAUCCUAGCUGAGAGCAAAUCUGCUAAUGCACUUCAGGAUAACAAAGUGUCUGGUGUUCUGCGAUCAUCAAUGCAUUCAUUUCUAUGUUUCCUACCUGCUGUUCUUUUCAUAGUUUCAUCUUUUUAAUUUUCGUUUCAUCUUUUUAAUGUGUCAAAAAAAGGUUGUUUCUUUACAUUU